GGGAAUGUGAAAAGGUUUGCUGCGCUCAUUCGGCGAAAUUCCGGCGGAAACGGUUAGUGCAUCAUACAAGCUGCAAUAAGCCUCACCGCCUGAGGCAAAUUUUAGCGAAUGAAUCGGUUUCUUCAGCUUCCCCUACUCUCUUCACCCAACCUUAAGGCUUCGUUUGCACCGUUGUUUGAAGACUUCCUUCGAUCGGAUGGAUGUUUAUGUAGUCGUGUCAUUGACAUACCUAAGGAUCAAGUUGGAGUCUCAUCAAAUAAGUCACUUCCCAGAUUUAGAACAUAUUGCACGAGCAAAGAUCUGUUAAUUAAGAAGUGUGUACCAUGUAAUACAAAGGAAUUGCGACCCAUGACCGAUGGUGUAGCAGACUCUCUUAUGCCGCAGGUUGCUGGAUGGAAUUUGGUAAAGGAAGAUGGUAUAAUGAAGCUGAGGCAGUCAUGGAAAGUAAAAUCUUUCACCAAGGGGUUGGAGCUUUUCAAGAUAGUUGCUGAUCUUGCUGAAAAUGAAGGUCAUCAUCCCGAUCUUCACCUUGUUGGUUGGAACAAUGUUACUAUAGAGAUUUGGACUCAUGCAGUUGGCGGACUGACAGAAAAUGACUUCAUACUUGCUGCUAAGAUCAACAAGCUUCCUGUGGAUCACCUACUAAGGCGGAAAGCUGCAGAAUGAGAGAUGGCUAUGGGUGUUUCCCCAAAUAGCGUAAUAGAAAAUCAGCACGAGGGAUGCCUUCGUUGCUUUAGUUGUUAGUGAAUUUCGAAAAACAUCUUGUGGCGUGAUCACUGUGCUAAUGGCAACCUUAUAAUCUAGUGUUGUGCUCUUCCCAUUUCAAAGGGUGAGCUCUGCAAAUUCCAGAGAUAACGAAACUUACCAACAAGAAUUUGUUGAGUUUA